AUGGCGCUCGAGGAGUUGCCGGAGAUCGUGAAGAGCAUCCGCCGACAGUCGGAGCGCUGGCCUCAGUAUGAUGGCCAUGACACGAUGAAGUUGAUCGAGCUGCGCGAGGUCAUCAACGCCGUUUGCGACAGCUACGAAGUCCCGUACCUGCCAGAGCUCAAGAGCUUGGAGGAGGAGGAUUUGCAAGCCGCUGCCAUUGAGGAGAAGCACGGGCCAGGCCCGAAGGACAACGUCAAGAAGCUCAAGGAAAUCAAUAAUGUGAUUAUUGUCGCACUUUCGACGUGUCUCACCGGAACAGCUCGCUUAGUCUUGAGUGGCCUUAGGAAGGAAAUCAAGAGCGGCCAUGGUCGUGGAAUGAUACUACACGACUGGAUUGAUCGAACCGACAUCGAUCUGGAGGCGCUGGAGAGCGUGUUUGCGCAAGCUGAAGCUGAUUUGAUCACCACGAAGCUGCAGAGUCAAAAUGAUCUGAGCAACUACCGGCGCAAGAUUGACCUGACAGUGUCGACGCUGCGGAUGAGCAGCAGGUUUGUCGAGGAGGACACGGUCAAGAAGUUGGUGAGCAACCUGCCCACACAAGCGCGUGUCUACGUGGAGGACAAGAUGGAAACCAUGGGUGACAGCAAGAAGAAGAUGACGCGUAACCGCAGCGGCGGCCAGGCCCUGAUCCGAGAGCUGCUCGUAGGCCGUCCAGAACAGCUCAUGCAUGCCCGACUCGAGGAGUGCCGACGGGGUGUUGUGGCCCAGUUCGACCAUGCGCUCUGGCUUCAGCUCGUUGAUGACCAGCGUCAUGCCCACGCUGUCGUAGAACGGAUGCAUCUGCUCCUCCUCAUUUUCGCUCACAUCGGCUGCCGAGGCGUCGUGGCUUUCCUCCACAAUGACCUCGACACAGCGGGCCCCAGCACCACGCAGCGGCUUUUGCAGCUUGACUCGUCGAGGCGGCUGCUUGGCCUCUGGAUCGUCGGGAUGCUCAGCUACGAUGUGAUUCCACAGACUGCCUUUUGUCGUGAAGCAUGCCUGACACAGGGGGCAACCCACACCGUCCAGAAUGGGGAUGCCUUCAAUAGGCAUCCGAGGCUCAGAUUCUGCCCCAAGGUCGAUCAGCGGCUCCUCGGGCUGCAGCGGGCGCAGGAGUGCCAUGGCUGCAUCAAUAUCUUCUUGGCUGCAGCGCACAUGGUGCUUUUUGAACAGAUGAUGCGUCACCCUGCCUCUCAGGACAUGGCCGCACUGCGUGCACACUGGAGACUCAAAGACGGGGGAUACAAGGCACGCAAUCUCGUCCAUGAAAAUUCGCGCCGCGGCAAUGCCGUGCUGUUGAUCAAGCUUGACCACACGUUUUUUCGUGCGCGUCCGAGCAGGUUUUUGACGAUUAGGAGGGCAGGCGGCAGGCGCAGCCGGUACUGA